AUGGCGCCGUCCCACGUCCUCAAGUGCUGCCAGAAGGUGCUGGCCUGGGUGCCCGUGGCCUUCAUCGCCCUGGUCGUGGCCUGGUCCUACUACGCCUACGUGGUGGAGCUGUGUGUGUUUACUAUUUCUUCAACUGCCGAAAAAGUUGUCUACCUUGUAGUUUUUCAUCUGUCAUUCGUCAUGUUUGUAUGGUCCUAUGGGAAGACAAUUUUCACAUCUCCUGCAACCCCCUCUAAUGAGUUCUGCUUGUCAAAAGCUGAUAAAGAACAAUAUGAAAAAGAAGAGAGACCAGAAUCCCAGCAGGAGAUUUUGAGAAGAGCUGCUAAAGACUUGCCUAUCUAUACGACAACAGCAUCAAGAGCAAUCAGAUACUGUGAUCGAUGCCAGCUGAUCAAACCUGACCGCUGCCACCACUGUUCUGCAUGUGACGUAUGUGUAUUAAAAAUGGACCAUCACUGUCCAUGGGUGAAUAAUUGUGUGGGAUUUUCUAACUACAAAUUCUUCCUCCUGUUUUUAAUGUAUUCCUUACUGUACUGUUUGUUUGUUGCUGCUACAGUCUUGCAGUACUUCAUAAAGUUUUGGACAAAUGAAUUGCCAGAUACCCAUGCAAAGUUCCACGUACUAUUCCUUUUCUUUGUGGCAGCCAUGUUCUUCAUCAGCAUACUGUCACUCUUCAGCUACCACUGCUGGCUAGUUGGCAAAAACAGAUCAACUAUAGAAACAUUCCGUGCACCCACAUUUCGAAAUGGUCCUGAUAAAAAUGGCUUUUCUCUUGGAUGCAGCAAAAAUCUAAGGGAGGUUUUUGGUGAUGAAAAGAAGUACUGGCUACUCCCUAUCUUUACCAGUUUGGGUGAUGGAUGUAAUUUCCCAACUCGUUUGGUGAUUAUGGAUCCAGAGCAACUUGGAGUCUCAAGCCAAAAUGAACCUGCCAAAAACUCUGUAGCCAAUCAGUCCUUUCCUACUCGACCACUCAGUGAAUCACAAAAUCGGUUGCUAUCCAGUGAUUGUCAAUGGGUGGAAACUGGCCCUGAAGAGGAAAAUGUGAAAUCAGGUGCAAAAAAGCAUAUUAUAGUUUCAUUGGAAAGCUGAUCUCAGCUAAUUACUAACCAACCAUCUCAAUGAGAAACAGGUUUCUGCAACACAUUUUGAGCUUGAAUAUUACUUAAUUUUGUUUGGAAGAAGUUGAACAGGAAAAAAUGGAACAUGAACAUUUUAGGAAGAGACAAGAAGUUCAAGUUUCUGCACAGUACAAUGGAUUCUUGUAAGCACUAUUGCAGAGCAGGGAAGUUAAGACAGUUGCCUUAAGAAUCUUAAUGUGCAUUUAUGCAACACUGAAUUAUAUACUGCUACCAAAGGGCCAGAUCCAGAAGUGCCCUGCUUGGAUGCACAAGGUCCAGAGUGGGAACUAUGCAUUUCUUUUAUGCUGCAGUGAUGGGGGUAGAUUGCAGAGACUCCUACCUCCUCACGGGCAAACUUCAUACCUUAGGCACUGCAGAAGUCACUUCCAUAGCAGGUCUCCAGAGUACAGAAGGAAAGAAAAAAGGAAAAGGAAGAAAAAAAAAAGUCAGCCUAGAGCAUGGUCAGCAAGUCUGAAGUGGGAGUAUACAUAGUUCAGAUGCCAGGUGAUGGGGAAGGGACUGGAUGAUGUCUUCUCCUCUCUUCCUGUUAACCAGUCUACCCCAUGAUCACAGCUCUCCAAGUCUUUUGGGACUUAGGGUUCCUUCUACUAGCUGUGCUUUGGAGCAAGGCAAUGCAAACAACAUAAAAGCCUUUAACUCGGGUGUUGCUUUUUUGCUAUAGGAUUGAGCUUCCUCAUAAUUUUAACUUGAUUUAUUUAACCAUACCAAGGACAGAGCUCAAAGAAGAAAACUUGGGUUUUAGUUGAAAACUAAACUAACUAUUACUUUCCAACAAUUGUCAGUCAGCAUACAAGGAAAAGGCAGUCCAAAAAGGAAUUAACAGUUCAUAUAUUUUCUGUUACUGUUCGCUGUGUUCUGUGUAAGGCAGCAACAAAAUGGUCAAGUACCCCUGAGAAAAAUCAUAUUGCAGUUGUGUGUUGCUAGAAAACAGAACCAGCAGAAUACUGCUUUUUCCAUGGGACUCUCGAUGGUUUAUAAAUACUGUUUUAUACUUUUGUUUUAUCUUUUUAAUAAAGGCACAAGGUUUUAUUGGUUCUAAAAUACAAAUAUCAGGUACUUACAAGAAGAUUAGUGUCGGAUCAUACAUCUGUGUUAGCACACUGAAAAAAUGCAUCCUUUAGUCUCCCACUUUCAAGUCCAGUUUAAGUGAUGCUGAAAUUGCUGAAGAUCAAUGGCUUUGUGCAGCAAUGUACCUGUUCAAAAAAGGCAAAAUGUGUUUCCUGUGUGAGGAAUCGAGUCCCAUCCUUAGCUCAAGACCUACAGCAAACAACAUGGGGUUUUCUUGUUUCCUCGCUCCUCUACAGAGAAGACUGCUAACUCAUUUUUGGGUGGUAUUGGAAUUUUGCACCUGGAAAAAGUGACAAAUGCUAUUUUUCUGUCUGUAAGUUUUCUGAUGUUCAGCUGAUGCUGAUUGCAAAUAGACAUGAGUCCUUUUGAUACAGACUGAAGGUAGUAGUCAAAUUGAUGAUUGAGUCCAAAAGAACCUGUUUGGUUUGUCUCCCAUAUUGAUUGCUACUUGAGUUAAAAACGUUUAUGAUGAAAAUACUAAGGUAUCAAGUAUACUGUAAGGUUUAAAAUAAGUAUUUUUGUCUUUGGAUAUAAUAAAUUUUUCUUAAAUAUUAAUCUUCUGGAACAAGAACUCUUUGAGAAUCUAUGAACAUGAUUUCACUGUUGGAUGUUCUUGAGACAGAAGCAAUGGUCCAAACUUGCAUGUUUUAUAAAAGUUGCAGAAUGUUCCUUCAAA